GGCAUAUGCUGUCAGGCAGGACUCAAUAUUCAGUACUCAAAUAAAGCCGAUUGAAGUAACAACAACAGAGAAGCAAUUGAAGUUUUGCUCCAAAGCACAAAAACUAGACACAAAAAAAAACUUAUAAAAAAGGGAAUUAUUUUUAUAUCGGAAAUAUUAAACUCACUUCAAGUUAUUGAUGGCAACACAUGUGUUGCCAUAGUUGCCAUUGAGGGUAACAAGAAUUAAUUUUCCUGUAUAUUUUUACUGCAUCAUAUUAAAGGAUAUUAAAAAACUGGUUUGUUAACCAAAAAGAAAUAUAUUCGACAUGAGCGCCGAAUCGUACAAUUCUGAUGAUGAACGUUACGCUGAUGAUACCUUUGAGCAAGGUUCUGAUACGGAUGUGCCUGAAGUGCCUGAAAUUGAAAGUGAAAUAUCGGAGGUCAGUGAUGCAGAGGAUGAACAACGUUUGUUAACGGUGAAAUUGAAUACGGCCCCCGUAAGACGUAACUACCAUAAUAUUAGACCCCUGCCUGCCAAUACCGACUCUGUACCCUUUGAUAGUUCAUCGGAUGAAGAGGAUGAUGUCAUUGUUGGGGAAACUUUGGUUGAAAUUAAUACCCCCUCAAUGCAUUUCCUAGAGGAGGAUGAAGACCAUGCCAUAACCACACGCCGGGAAAUUCGUCCACAGCGUUAUGAAAGUAUGCAGCAACUGAAGAGUAUAGAUGAACAAAGUGAUGAUUCAGUCUGCGAAGAAGAGGAAGAGGAAAUCUUAAACAGCGAAGAUGAAAGAGAAUUUCAAAGAAUACGAGAAAUGGAGGAGAGUUAUCUGCUACAGAAUUCAGCCAAAACACCAAAGAAAACCCUUCAGAAUAAUUCAUCCUCAAAGGAAGUCGAUGUUAAUCACAAAAUGCCUGCAGAACUAGUAAUGCAACAGGAAACGGAAAUUGAAAUCAUUGAAGAAGCUACCACAACUGAUGAUACAUAUGCGAAUAACUCCUUUGAUGCUGAUAUAGAUCCCAUUCCCGAAUUAAUUGAAAGGGUGAUGGAAAAGUUCACAGCCCAGCCACAGACACCUCCCCAAUUCCAAACGGACUUUGUGGAAAUUCUUCGAAAUUCCUCCCUUGAGCAAAUUGAACAAAUCGAUGCCAUAAUAACCGAUGAACUUAAGCCUCACUCAUUUAUGCCGGAUAACUCCAUUCGAAUGACUUUCAAUUUUGAACCCAAUGACAUUUUAAGUCCUGAAAAUAUAGCCAAAGCCUUUUUCGAUGCCAUUGAGGCUACAAACCUCGAUUUUGCCCUUAACAAUGGAGGGGAGCAACAAAACAACUUUUCCAGCUGUGGGGAAGACAGUGGAGAAAAUGUGGAUUCCAAGAAAUCCAUGGACAAUUCAAAAACUACUACGACAGAAAGUUCUGAUGAGUCGACAGUUAUUUGCCAACAAGACAAUGAAAGAAUAACCGAUUUCGGAGAAGAGGAAGUUGAGUUGGAGCGUCCUGAAACUACGAAUCCUUCCUCUAUGCCUGCAAACGAUGAGGCUGAUGGUACUCACAACUAUGCAGAAAGUUACUAUGACACACAAUAUGAGUAUCAGAUAACCAGCAAGGCACCGAGUUGUUUCAAUUCAGACGACUAUGUUUUCCAUGCAAACUUCAUACGGCCAACACCCUCAACGGACAGAUUAAGAGCUAGACCACAUCCCCGCAAAAGUAUGAGCUUUUCCAAUGAGCGUAUGCGGGAAAUCGAGAGGCACAACCAAAUCCUCCUGCGCAAGAUUUUAACACAAAAACCCACGUACAUGUCAAAGAGUGCCCAACACAAAGUACCUAACAAAACAAACUCACAAACACAAGUUCGACUUACCACAUCGGCUGUGAAUCGCAAAAAACAACAACGUCAAAUUGAAAUGGAUAAUCAGGUAUUGCAACGUAAAAUUGAGGCAAUUGCUUUAAGGAGGCGUCCCUUGAUCUCGUAAAAAUUGCUUGAGGAAAAAUUUCUUUUGCAUUGCACUGAUUGAUGAAUGGAGUUGUAAUUGCGAUUUAAUUGACGUACUGAUGUAAAAAUUCGAAAAUCAAUGAAUAAACAUUUUAUUUUAG